CAAACCUAAAAGAACAUUGCCAUUAUGUGAUACACCAACCAACCUGGAUAAUAAUAAAACUGCCAACUAUCAAUUAAUCAAACCUAUAAAAUUCCACAACCAAAGCCAAGAGAAAACAGGACAUCAAAACAAACCUCUAACAACAUAAACACAUAAACAACAUGAGGGGCAUUGCCGUAAUUAUUCUCUUUCUAACCUUCUCGUGUCUCGGACCACCCGUCCACAGCAAUGAGGGCCGCCAGCUGGCGGAAUUCAUCAAGGCACGGCGCUUUACAAAAGCUUCAGCUGAUGACGUGGCUGAGGAUGACAUCAUGCCCGAUGUCUACGUACAACGUCAGGAUGGACUGAAAAAGGCGGACAAGAUAAAGAUGCUGCCAGGUCAGCCGCCAGUCGAUUUUGAUCAUUAUUCAGGAUAUGUUACAGUUAAUGCCAAAGCUGGACGAGCCUUGUUUUAUUAUUUCGCGGAGGCCAAGAACUCGACUGAUAAGCCUCUCGUCUUGUGGCUCAAUGGAGGCCCCGGUUGCUCUUCAUUUGGAAAUGGAGCAAUGACCGAGCUCGGACCUUUUCGCGUGAAUCCUAAUGGAAAAACAUUGUGGUACAACAAAUAUGCAUGGAAUAAUGUUGCAAACAUAAUCUUCCUUGAAUCCCCUGCUGGAGUCGGAUUUUCUUACUCAAACAAAUCGUCUGAUUACAUUACUGGAGACAGAAAAACUGCUGCUGAUUCUUACAUAUUCUUGGUUAACUGGCUCGAAAGAUUUCCAGAGUACAAAACAAGGGACUUUUACAUAACUGGAGAGAGCUAUGCAGGCCAUUACGUGCCUCAGCUUGCUGACUUAAUUCUGAAAAAAAAUCAAAACUCAUCACAACAUACUGCCAUCAACUUGAAAGGAAUUGCUAUUGGCAAUGCCUACACAGACAGCAUAGAUCAGUUGAAAGGCGAGUACGAACAUUUCUGGGCAAGUGCUCUCAUAUCAGAUGAAAUUCAUAAAGGGAUAGUCAAAAACUGCGAUUUCUCAUCACCAUCAUCAACUUGUCGCCAGUACAUUAGUGAAGCAGACCGUCUGACAGCAGACGUAUACAUUUACGAUAUAUAUGCACCAUUGUGCCAUCCCUCUUCAAAUUCUGAUCAAAAAUGUGGAUUUGAUCCAUGCUCAGACGAAUAUGUUGAGGCAUACUUAAAUACUCCACAAGUGCAAAAGGCACUUCAUGUUAUUGGUACAGGAACUCCAACACAAUGGUCCGGCUGCAGCGAUUUACAGUGGCAGGAUAGUCCAAGCACGGUAUUACCUCUGAUUAGGAAGUUGAUGACUACCGGACUUCGCGUUUGGAUCUAUAGUGGAGACACAGAUGGUAUAGUACCCGUUCAAACAACUAAGUAUUCUAUGCCCAAACUCGGAGCAAAAAUCACUAUUCCAUGGUAUCCAUGGCACUACAAUGGCGAGGUUGGAGGAUAUGUAGUUGGGUAUGAGAAUGUGACAUUUGUGAGCAUAAAAGGAGCUGGACAUUUUGUACCAAGUUACAAGCCUCAACAGGCGCUUGCCUUCUUCGCGUCUUUCUUACAAGGAAAGUUACCUGCAAGCCCACGUCAGGGAAAACUUAUGGAUGCUUAAUAUUCGAGAUUUCUGACUGUUAUAUAUUAGGAAUUGGAGGUUGACUUGGAAAUUAAUGUGUUCAUUUCUGUAUUUACCUUGAGAAAAUAAAAUCCUAUACAUGUACACAUGUAGGAAUAUUAUCUGAAAUGUAUACAAAAAUCUAUCUCUACAAAUCGCUUCCAAGAAAAGAACAAAAUAAGUAAGUAAUAAGUUUGUAGGUUGUAGCUUUCCCUGACGUGGGCCUGGAGGUAACUUUCCUUGUAAGAAAGCACAUUAACUUCCUCAUUUAUUAUAUAUAUAUAUAUAUGUUUCACUGAAGUGCACUAUACUUGAUGAGAUUCAUGGUGAACAUUGUUUGCAUACAUAUAUAUAUAUAUAUAAAUAAGUCCAGCAAUCUAAUUCAAGGAAGGAGUAGAACCAGUCUCUGUUCUCAUUCUCAUUUCAAGAAAAGUAAAACAAGAAGAAAAAAAAUAAAAAAGAAAAAUGAUCUCAUGACGAGAUUAUUCAAAUUUUAGUUAAUUGUGUGGGAUUGGAUGUGAUGUCACUGAUGUUGGAGACGUGGAAAGGGCCAGAUAGCGAACUUCAUCUGUCCAGCGCUGCAAUGGAUGCCAUUUUUCUCGGGACAGACAAAGAAAUAGGGAUAGGGCGUGGGCUGCAGCGUCACUUUGAAUCCCUCACCCCCACCUGCUGUCGUGCUCCCAAUCAGAGUCGAUCCCUCCAUGCUACAGUUUAAGUAGCUCGACCAAUCUUUCAGCAGACUCAAGCUGUGGUGCGAAAAGAAUGCGUGACGUACCCAAAGUGUCACCGACAAAGAAGGGCCAAUUUUUGAGAAACCAGCCCGUGUAAUUGACCCCAUAAUUCCAGCCGUCCGACCCACCGACCUCGAUUGUUCUUGCAUUGGGGUCUGGCUCUUUUCCGGCACAGGGGCACCAAGACUCAGAACCAAAACCACUGCCGCCGCCCCACGGCCAAAUGUUGCUACCCAUCCCAAUCGCCACAACCGAAGAUCCCAAAAAAAGAACAAAAAAGUUCAAAUUCAAACCCAUUUUUUUUUUUUUGG